AUGGUGCAGCAGGCAGAUAGCCUGGAAAGUGAGGUCAACCUGCCCCGGGAGGCGAUGGACACGGAGGAGGGUGAAUUCAUGGCUUGUAGCCCGGUGGCCCUGGAUGAAAGCGACCCAGACUGGUGCAAAACGGCAUCGGGCCACAUUAAGAGGCCGAUGAAUGCUUUCAUGGUGUGGUCUAAAAUCGAGAGGAGAAAAAUCAUGGAGCAAUCCCCAGACAUGCACAACGCGGAGAUUUCCAAGAGACUGGGGAAGCGGUGGAAAAUGCUGAAAGACAGCGAGAAGAUCCCCUUUAUUCGGGAAGCGGAGAGGCUGCGGCUGAAGCACAUGGCUGAUUACCCCGACUACAAGUACAGGCCCAGGAAAAAGCCCAAAAUGGACCCUUCGUCUAAACCUAACGCUAGCCAAAGCCCUGAGAAAAGUGCUGGCGGGGGCAGCAGUGGAGGGGGAAGCGGCAGCGGGGGCGGCGGCGGCGGCAGCAGCAAGAACUCCAAGAGCUCCAGCAAGAAAUGUAGCAAACUGAAGACCUCUUCAUCCUCCUCUUCGACCUCGUCCUCGUCCACAUCCUGCCCCAAGCCUGGAGCGGGUAAAGCAGCUCACCACGGGGACUACGCAGGCGAGGACUUGGUGUUUGGCACCCUCAAAGUGAAUGGCGCUGGAGGCGGUGGCGGCUGCAGCAAAACGGUCAAAUGCGUCUUCAUGGACGAUGAGGAUGAGGACGAGGAGGAUGAGGACGACCUUCAACUGCGGAUCAAGCAGGAGCCAGAGGAAGAGGACGAGGAGCAUCCAGGGCGGCAGCAGCAGCAACAGCAGCAAGCCCAGCAGCUGCUCCGGCGCUACAGCGUCGCCAAAGUGCCCGCCAGCCCCACGCUGAGCAGCUCGGCGGAAUCCACCGAGGGGGCCAGUUUGUACGAGGAGGUGCGGGCCGGCGCGACCUCCGCCGGGGUCCACGGCGGGGGCGGCAGCGCCAGUCGCCUCUACUACAGCUUCAAAAACAUCACCAAGCAAAGCGCCCAGCAGCUGCAGCAGCCCAGUCUGUCCCCAGCUUCCUCGCGCUCUGUCUCCACCUCCUCCUCCUCCAGUUCCAGUUCUAGCAGCAGUGAGGAGGCUGAUGACCUGAUGUUCGAUCUGAGCUUGAAUUUCUCCCAAAAUCCCCACUCGGCGACCGAGCAGCAGCUGGGGGGCGGCUCAGCGGCGGGGAAUCUAUCCCUGUCCCUGGUGGAUAAAGAUUUGGAUUCGUUCAGCGAGGGCAGCUUGGGCUCCCACUUUGAGUUCCCCGACUACUGUACCCCGGAGCUGAGCGAGAUGAUCGCGGGGGACUGGCUGGAGGCGAACUUUUCCGACUUGGUGUUCACAUAUUGA